AUGUCCAAUCUGCAUAGCUUCAUGGAGAUGGAUCCUGGCAGCAGAUGUGAAGUUUCUGACAGCAUGCAGUCACACAGUGCAGCAGCCAUAUCACAGCAGUUGGGCAACUUGUGUGAAAAUGCUCAUCUACCUCGAGCAGGAGCAUAUGCUUUCCAUCAUGAGGUCAGCAAUGAUUUUGGACUGAAGAUGGGCUAUGAGUUUUCUGCGAACCUCCUAGGGCAUGAUGCAAGCCAGAAUUCAACCUUGCACAAGCACUAUUCAAGAGGUUCUGAAUAUGUUCCUGUUGUGGCAAUUCGACUGGGUGAGUUGGAGAUGUUGAACAGUGAGGUGGCUAAGGCAACUGAGAAGCAACACUGCUUUGUGACUGCUGCUGUUAAAUGUCUGGUUGCAUGCCAAAUUCUCCACAACAGUGAAAAGCAAGAAGGCGAGCAGAAGACUUCUCUUGGAGGUACAAGAUUGAAGUUGAAUAGGGAAGAACGAGAAGAGAUUAUGCACGAUGAGAUGCUGGUGGAGCAUGCGAAAGAGGUUGCUGAUGCAUGGGAAAAGAUCUACAGUAUACACGAUGAAAGGGCUCACACAUACAAGACUCGUAUGACAUGCGACAAGCGACGUGUGAAGUGCAUUGUGGCAGACAUUCCUCUAUGUCCUGGCAUUACUAUUGAGCAGCAAAUAGAGAUGGCAAAGGCAUUUCUUGCUACCCUGAAGGAGUAUCAAGACAUCAAAAAAAUGAAGAUGAGAAAGUUUGAGCAUGAAAAGAACUGA